UGAGCGGGCGGUCAGACCCUCGGAGAACCGGGCGGCGCCAGAGCAGCCACGCCGCGGGCGGGAGUGAAACUUCGCCUUCCGGGACCCGGACGGCCCGAGAAGUCGAGCCCGGCUGAGCGGAGCGCCGGACGCUGCGGGCGAUGGAGCCCCGCUCACCUGGCCAGCCUGGGAGGGGUUUCUACUUACAAAAGACAAUGACUACUGAUGAAGGUGCCAAGAACAAUGGAGAAAACCCAGCAGCCACUGUUGCUGAACAAGGAGAAGAUAUUACCUCCAAAAAAGACAGAGGAGUAUUAAAGAUUGUCAAAAGAGUGGGGAAGAAUGAGGAAACACCAAUGAUUGGUGACAAAGUUUAUGUCCACUACAAAGGAAAACUAUCAAACGGAAAGAAGUUUGAUUCCAGUCAUGAUAGAAAUGAACCAUUUGUUUUUAGUCUUGGCAAAGGCCAAGUUAUCAAGGCGUGGGACAUCGGGGUGGCUACCAUGAAGAAAGGAGAAAUCUGCCAUUUGCUGUGCAAACCAGAGUAUGCAUAUGGCUCAGCAGGCAGCCUCCCUAAAAUUCCCUCGAAUGCUACUCUCUUUUUUGAGAUUGAGCUCCUUGAUUUCAAAGGAGAGGAUUUAUUUGAAGAUGCAGGCAUUAUCAGGAGAAUCAAACGGAAAGGAGAAGGGUAUUCCAAUCCAAAUGAAGGAGCAACUGUAGAAAUCCACCUGGAAGGCUGCUGUGGUGGAAGGAUGUUUGAUUGCAGAGAUGUGGUGUUCACCGUUGGUGAAGGAGAAGACCAUGACAUUCCAAUUGGAAUUGACAAAGCCCUGGAGAAAAUGCAGCGAGAAGAACAAUGUAUUUUGUAUCUUGGACCACGAUAUGGUUUUGGAGAGGCAGGGAAGCCUAAAUUUGGCAUUGAACCUAAUGCUGAGCUUAUAUAUGAAGUUACACUUAAGAGCUUCGAAAAGGCCAAAGAAUCCUGGGAGAUGGACACCAAAGAAAAGCUGGAGCAGGCUGCCAUUGUCAAAGAGAAGGGAACAGUGUACUUCAAGGGAGGCAAGUACAUGCAAGCAGUGAUUCAGUACGGGAAAAUAGUAUCCUGGUUAGACAUGGAAUAUGGUCUAUCAGAAAAGGAAUCAAAAGCUUCUGAGUCGUUUCUGCUCGCUGCCUUUCUGAACCUGGCCAUGUGCUACCUGAAACUUCGAGAAUACGCCAAAGCUGUGGAGUGCUGUGACAAGGCCCUUGGACUGGACAGUGCCAAUGAGAAAGGCUUGUACAGGAGGGGUGAAGCCCAGCUGCUCAUGAACGAGUUUGAGUCAGCAAAGGGUGACUUUGAGAAAGUGUUGGAAGUAAAUCCCCAGAAUAAGGCUGCCAGGCUGCAGAUCUCCAUGUGCCAGAAAAAGGCGAAGGAGCACAACGAGCGGGACCGUAGGAUAUAUGCCAACAUGUUCAAGAAGUUCGCAGAGCAGGAUGCAAAGGAAGAGGCCAGUAAAGCAAUGAACAAGAAGACUUUAGAGGGGGUCGCCAAUGAAAAAGGAACAGAAAGUCAAGCAAUGGAAGAAGAGAAACCCGAAGGCCACGUAUGACACCACGCCAAGGAGGGAAGAGAGUCCUAAUGAACUCAGCCCCUCCUCAUUGGGCUUUUACCCAACUCAGGACUAAACAGUGUUUAGUGUAAAGUUUGUUAUAGUCUAUGUGAUUCUGGAAGCAAAUGGCAAAACCAGUAGCUUCCCCAAAACAACCACCCUGCUGCUGCCCAGUGGGUUCAUUGAGGGGGUGGCGUGGGACCACUCCAGGUAGAACAGAACAGAGAGGCUGUUGUUGCCGAGAGAUUGAGCCAACAGCUGUCGUUUCAGUUUGUCAACCUUCAUAUCCAUCACAGCGUUCCCGGAGAUAAUCCUAACAAUUUGGGGCUGUGAGAUUUUACAUUUGAACUUUAACAGCAUUGCAGAAACCUUUUUUUAAAAAUAUGCUUAAUCAAUUUCUCCUUUCUUACAGGUGGGUAGGGCGAGGGAAGGAGAGUGAGGUGGUUUUGUUUUUUAAAUGGCUGAUGUGCUGUGAAUGCAACCUACCGCGUUUUUAACCAACAGAACCCAAAGGCAAGAGGUAUGGAGCCCCUUCAGUUCCACAGCAGCAUCGCAGACCUGAAAGCCAGACCCUCAGAGGCCAUUUGCUUGCUGACUUUGCUGCUUCCCAAGCUCCCUUCUCCCUUCUUGGGGAGAGUGGCUUUCUGCCACACCCAGCCUGCCCCUGGAGGAGUAAUUCUGUCAUUCAUUCCGAGAACACCCUUCAGCAAUGAUAAUGAGCAGACAGAAGCUUCUGGAUUCACCUUCCCUGAUUUGGAUGAAGUUUUGAGUUGCUGAAAUGUGAAAAGAGCCAUCAAAAUUGUGCUUUUUUUUCCCCCUCCCCUAUUCCUUUAAGGAAAUGUUAGUUAAUAAUGUUAGUACGUAGUACUUCCUGCAGCAUUGCUAUCAGUCAGCUUCUUGUUCCCUUUCAAAGCCUUGUCAUUAAGAAUUUAAGACUUGUAAUAGCUUGACCUGGAGUGGAUUUAUUUACAUAUCCAUUCAGUAUAAUGCAGCUUUUUGUCUUUUUUUUUAAUUGCUCAUAAACAUAUGUAUACUGGCUUAUGGAACUUUACACUCCUCUAUCAUGGGAAAAAAAAAAAGUUGACUUUUUACUACUUAGUACCUUAAUUCUUAAAAAACAGAAUUUGUGGGGCUGAAAAAGUAAGUAGUUGCUGUUCUACAUUAAGGGUUUCACCUGCAGGUUCACCAGGCUGCACUGGUAGCUGCUUCAUUCUGCUGUGAGCUGUGAGAGUUAAGAACAGCUUCCCGCCAAUAGGUACAUCUAGCCUGAAUCUCCAGUACUUGGGCAUUGAAUUAGAGCAAGUCUUA